AUGCUGUGGCUCGCCUUUCCCCGGGCUCCAAGACUGCUGAAAUUCUUUGGUAAUAGAGGAGUGAGUGAUGAUAGCAUUGAACUGACUGUGGGGUUUGCUUUGUUCCCACUCUUCUUCCCAGAUCUGCUCCAGGAAGAUGAUUUCUGCAGUGAUUAUGGCAGUCAUGACAAACCAGGGACUGCUUUAGGAAGGACUGUGCCUGAUAGGAAUGUGCUUUUUCCAGACACUUUUCAUACUGAUCAUCUUUUGUUUUAUGAGCGCUUUAAAGCUUACCAGGAUUACAUCUUAGCUGACUGCAAAGCUUCUGAAGUGAAAGACUUUACAGCUGAGUACCUGGAGAAGGUCAUUGAACCAUCUGGAUGGCAGGCAGUCUGGCGCACUAAUGUGUUUGAGGUCCUUGUUGAGGUUGUUGAUGUGGAGUACUCUGCUCUGAAAGCAGUUGUGCGACUCAGUGAGCCUUUCCUGUGUGAAUCACAGGAUAGCACCUUUACCUUUGAGUGCGUGCAGAAGCUGCUGGAGCUGAAGGAGCGUCAGAUACCACUGCAGGAGCUGUGGGUUGUGUAUGAUGAGUCAGGAGAGUUUGACCAGACAGCACUAGCUGUAGAGCAUGUCAGGUUCUUCUACCAGUGCAUCUGGAGGACCUGGGAUGAGGAGGAGGAGGAUGAUUUUGAUUACUUUGUGCGAUGCGUUGAGCCUCGACUGAGACUGCAUUAUGACAUUCUUGAACACCGUGUGCCUUCUGGGCUUGUAGCUGAUUACCAGAACUUGUUGUCUCAAUGUGAAGAGCUUUACAGGAAGUUUUUAAAUGUGAGGAGCAGCAUAUCAAGCAGUGAUGUGGAUUCGGAAAUAGAAAAUGUCUCCAUGGUGGAAGGACUAAAAUUGUAUGAGAAAAUAGAGCACUUAAAACAGAAGCUAAAGAUAAUUGAGAAUCCUCUGCUGAGGUAUGUGUUUGGCUACCAAAAAUACAGUGGUCUCCAAGCUAAAGGACUGAGACCAAUGGGUACCAAGAUCACUCAUGUUGUAUCAUCAACCAUGAUGGCAAGUCUGCUGCAGUCCUUGAUGAGGGACAAACUCUGCCCUACAUCUUGUGGUGAAGAACUAGAAAUACAGUUUCACAAUGAUCCACUGACAGCUAUAAAUGCCUGUUAUGAAGGAGACAAAGUCAUCAUCUGUCCUGGUCAUUAUGUGGUAGAUGGCGUGUUCUGCAUUGCUGAUUCAGUUCAACUGGAAGGCUAUGGCCUGCCAGAUGACAUCGUGAUAGAAAAACAGGGAAAAGGUGACAACUUUAUUGACUGCACAGGAGCUGAUAUAAGGAUCUCUAGUUUGAAAUUAGUACAACAUGAUGCUGUGGAGGGGAUUUUAAAUGUCCAUCAAGGGAAGACCACCCUGGAGAAUUGUGUGUUACAAUGUGAAACUACAGGCAUAACAGUAAGAACAUCAGCUGAACUACUAGUGCAGAAGUCAGAUCUGUAUGGUGCCAAGGGUGCUGGUGUGGAAAUAUAUCCAGGUAGUACGUGCACCCUGCUAGACAAUGGCAUACACCACUGCAAGGAGGGAAUACUUAUAAAGAACUUUUUGGAUGAACACAAUAACGUUCCCAAGAUAACCAUGGUCAAUAAUAUGAUCCAUAAUAAUGAAGGAUAUGGUGUAGUCCUGGUUAGACCAGCAAUGUCCUGUGAUGUAAAGAAUGCUUCUGCAGAGACAACAAAAGGGAAUACACCCCCUACCCAGUCAGGUGCUGGGCCAGCCUGUGUAGGUGGCUUCAGACAAGAACAACUCUCUGAAUGUGUAACUGAGUUGGAGCUUUAUGAGCAAGCUGAAAUUUCUGAAGAAACUGAAGGCAAUUAUGAAAUUGCAAAUGAACUUGGGACUGCUUCUGCAAAGAAGAACCAGAUGCACAAGAAAAGACUGAGUGAACUGGGUAUCACAGAAGCUGAUGACAACUUAAUGUCGCAGGAAGUGUUUGUUUCUAUUGUGGGCAAUCAGUUCAAAUGGAAUGGGAAGGGAAGUUUUGGUACCUUUCUUUUCUGACAGAUCUGACUCAUAAUAGCAUUGCAAUAAGAUAUUUGCACAAGCCAUUUUCCCUGCAGCUUUCCAAGGAGUUAACCUGUGCCAUUAGCCUUGCAUAAUGUCAAUAAAAUGUGACAAAUAUUUAUUUAUAGUGUAUAUAUUGCAUGUGGAAAUUUCGCUGCAUUGCUGCAAGUAUGGAUAACAUGGUAGAAAACAACCCUCACAGGGAAAUUGUGUGUGUGUUCUACUAAUCAGCGUGCUACUUCUUUCCUAGCUCUCCAGUGUUGUUUUUUUAUCCCCCACAAU